GUCCUCUCUCAAGCCCACUUUGCCACCUACGAUUCACAGCCUCGGCCAGCUUCAUAGCAGACGGGAUCAAAAUCAGGCUCACUCUGCGUCGACGUCGCCAGUUUUCACUGGGCCAUUAUUCGCGCGAGCACUCGACGGAAGGAAGAAUACAAAGCUUACUGUGUUCGCCACAUGAGCUCGACUCACCCUCUUGCUCGCUAUCCUCGGUGGAUCACGCGGUGGUUGGGAUACCGUGCAACACCCCCGCCAAAACGUCCAGAAUACCUCGUCUGGUUCUGGUCGUUCAUCGGUGCUUUCUCUGGACUCUGCGUCCUGCAAGCCGUGUUCGGACAUGCGCGGUACUUCAUUGACCGCGGCGUUCCCUCCAUGGUCGCAUCCUACGGCGCGUCAGCCGUUCUCUGCUACGGCGCAAUCGAGGCCCCGCUCGCGCAACCGCGUGCUCUCAUCGGCGGGCACUUCAUCUCGGCCCUUCUCGGGCUCUGCAUCACUAAGCUCUUCUCACUCAGCCCGCAUUUCGAGUCCAUCAGGUGGCUUGCCGCGUCCCUUUCCACGUCCGUCGCCAUCGUCGCCAUGCAAAUCACCGGCACGACGCACCCACCCGCGGGUGCUACCGCACUAUUGCCUGCGCUUGACGACGACGUCUGGCACCUUAGCUGGUACUACCUGCCUGUCGUCCUCCUAUCGAGCAUGCUCGUGUUGGUCACGGCGUUGCUGGUGAACAAUGUACAGAGGCGGUACCCGAUAUUUUGGUUCACACCGGCGACGCCGCCGGUGGCAAAGACGUCGGCCGGUUUGGGCGCACCGAAUGUGCAGUCGGACGAUGCGGAUGGGAUCGCGGGAAGGUCGUCAUCUGCUACUGUUUCAACGUCUGCGCCUCAACCUGCUGAGAAACAAACUGCAGGAGACAUAGUAUAAUGAACCUAAUGGGAACAAUGGGCCGUGAAGGAUCAAACCUAUGUAUUUAGUAUCACACCCAUUGAAUAGUGGAUAUGAGCACAGAUCUCACUCA